UACAGAAAGUAAUUUCGGCUGGAUAUAUAUGCCAACCCACGAUGGAAUCAUUAACUAUGAGAAUAUCCUCAUGGAAUGGAGCGGAAUUUCCCGAGCAGAAUGUGCUGCAAACUGUGGGUCACAUCCAGGGUGCUGGUCUUUCUUCUACCACGAGGGAAAUUUGUCUUGUCAAAUUCACUCCAUGAUAUUUGUGGAGCCGACUGGAAAUGUCAGUGACGGUACUGCCUACUUCAGGAAACCGACAGAAUGUUCUGUAGGCCCCACGGUUGAACACAGCGUGAAGUUGUUCGAUCCGACACAAGAACCUUCUAUUGCCGGCGAGGUGGUGACCUAUGACUGUGAUACAGGUCGGUUACCAGACACAGAGGAUGAUGUUACCUGUCUCAUCAGUGGAAAUUGGACAUCUAUGAUUUGCAAACGUCCUUCCACAUGUGCAGAGGUAAAGCGCUGUGAGAGCGGUCGCACUGAUGGAGAAUACUGGCUCUACCCUCCUACGUUUAAUGGCCAAAAGGCCAGGAUUUAUUGCCAUGGAAUGUCGGGUAACUCCCCGGCCGAGUAUGUGUCACUCGGGACUCCCAACAGUGGACACUAUCCGAACACGAAGAGAGCAGACUGUGGGUCAACGGGAACGUGGCCAGAUAAAGGCGGUGAUACAACGUUUACCAAGAUAAAGGUCAACACUGAAACAAUGGAGAUUGUGUCUGGUGACCAUCAGUUCGCUACAUCAACGAAGAUCCUGUACCCUUAUGGGGAGGCCCACGAUUGUUACACAAACCACGGGUCCAACAACAAUUGUGGACCUCUUGGGACGUUCACUAUCGACACCACAGGCACUGGGAUGAGAGUUGAUCUUCAGGUUAAAUGGGUUGCACAUGGAUGGAAGCCAUGGGCGAUAUUUAGUCGCUCUAACGAUGGACUUGUCAUUAACUUGAACUGUGGAGGUUUCUGCGGCUGGUGUAGGGCCGACAGACCAUUUGUUUUGCAACCAUAUCCGCUCCAAGAGCCUGACAUCGCCACAGCCACCAGUUUGACAUGUGACUGAACUGGACUUUCACUGGCUUCGAGGUCAACAACAAUAAUUAUCACCCGCAUCUUUUUAUAGGAAUUAUUCGUAGAUAUUAUGAUCCUCAAAUUGAGAAAAUGAGACAAGGAAUACAGACACUUAGUAAAAUGAAGCUCCAUGUAUUGGAGUGAUAGUUUUGGUAAUAAACACACAACCCUUAGCAUGCGUAAUUUGUUUUACGUUUACAUGCAGUGUAUUUCAUGGCGGUAUACAGUAGAACAUGGUAUAGUACAAUAUAACGAAGCCAUAAAUUAUCAAGCGACUUGCUUGACACUGUUUCUAAUAGAAACUGACGAAUCGCGUUGUUAACAAACGUCCUUCAGCAAAACUGGGGCUGUGCCAUAGAAAAAGGAUCAUCGAUCAAAUUUAUGCCAGGAGGAUGU